AUGGCACAGGUGCGCGAGCAUGACAACCCCUCGUCGCCGAGGUCCUCCAGCGGCGGCGCAGAGUCGUUCAAAGGGACGCCAGACACGCGUUUGACUGCGUUCUCGCCCGAUGAGGGCUCGUCCAAGUCGUCCAAGCUCCUUCAAGGGCUUGCCCGUUCUGCUGCAGCCACGCCACCGGGCGGUCUGCCAGCCAGCGGCUUUGGCAGCAAUGCCGCCCACUUGGAUAAGGAUCCAUUCGUCACGCCCUCUCACCAGCUCGGGACCAGGCUGUCUCCAACGGCCUCGGCGUUCAGCCCCUUCGUUGGCGCCAUCGAGAGCACCCGCUUGAGCGAGUACGGGCCGGUCGCUGCAGCCCUGAGCCACGAGUUGGGGCUAUCUCGACAUCUUGAAAUUUCUUCUCACGUCUGCAUCUCGGUGUCCGAGGUCAGCGUUUGGCUUACUGAACUGGAAGCUCGUGGGAAGCCUCUGUACGGAUCUCGGUUCCUCAACACCUUUAACGGCCAUGUCUUCGCACACUUUGUGGAUAUCAGAGAUGCUUGCUCGACUCUGGCCAGUAUCAGUCUUGCCGAGAGGGGUUGGAAGGUCGAUUAUGCCAAUCCGGCCCAGAUGCCCCAGGAAGCCAUAUGCCGCGAGAUGAUAGCGUGCAACUCCGGCCGAGUUCUGGUCUUUGCCAACGCCCCACAGUGUACUACUCCGUUGGACGUCAUCCAAGCCAUGGACAUGGUACAGGGCCUUCUCCAGUCACACGGCCGGCUCUUCGCGUUUGUCAGGCGGUCGGCUUUCCCCAACGGAUCCUUCAAGGCCGUAGCAGAGUUCUGCGACGUGUCAGCCGUCGUUCGUGCGGUGUCGAGUUUUAACAACUUCGUCACUCCCGAGGGAAUACACCUCGCCGUCUCGCUAUACAUGCCUGACAGCGCGGCGGUCCCCGGACUCGCGGGAGCCAUGCAUGGACUCCGCAUCGGUAAGGUCGUGGAUGACCAACACCAGCAGGGGUCGACUGCAUCGGCUACUCCACGACCUGCACCUGCCCAGCCGCCGUUCACAAUGUACCCGCUCAUGUUCCAGUCCCCGUUUGGCCCAGGGAUGCCUUAUAUGCUCGAUUCUUACCUUCCGGCUGCCAGUCAAGGACCAAUUACCCCCAUCGCUCCCGUGUCGCCGUCGUACCCUCUUAACUACAGCCCGUCCAGGCCGCUACCUAGCUUCGGGAGGUCCGAAGCCCGCCGGCAGAAUGCGAUGCGUAUCAGCAGAUCGUCGUAUCACGGCGUCGCGAGCCACCACAACCAUGUCGACAUCCAUCGGAUUCGCGACGGGAUAGACGUCCGCACCACGAUUAUGCUUCGGAACAUCCCAAACAAGGUCGACCAGGCGAUGCUCAAACGGAUAAUUGACGAGUCAAGCUGGGGCAAAUACGACUUCAUGUACUUGCGCAUUGAUUUUGCCAACGACUGCAAUGUCGGCUAUGCGUUUAUCAAUUUCGUCGAUUUUGUCGAUGCGCGAGGAAACCAGCGCUGGAACUGCUUCAAGAGCGACAAGGUGGCCGAGAUCUCCUAUGCCACUAUCCAGGGCAAGGACUGUCUGGUGCAAAAGUUCCGCAACAGCUCCGUCAUGCUCGAGGCUCCUCACUAUCGCCCAAAGCUCUAUUUUACCUCGAAUGGCCCCGUACCCGAGUUGGCGGGCCAGGAAGAGCCAUUUCCAGAGCCUGACAACCAGUCAAAGAUGAAGAGAAGCUGUGAGAACGCAGAACAUGUCGGUCUCUUCACUCCCAAUGCGGGGCAGCACUUCCGAGACGAGCAACGACGAAGACGCUCGCAAUACGAUCGGGGGACUCGAUUGGCUGCUCUGGAGGAGUACGACUAUGAGACGGCCAUCCAGCACAUGUACGGCACGGCAAUGCCGUGA